AUGGACGAAUUAUUACACCCCGAACGCGUUCGGCAACCGAAGUGUCAGCCCAAUGACGAGCAACUGCUUGCAGAGUACCGGGAGAGCCUGCAGUCCCUUCGAUGCGUCAACUGCAGUGCCGCCUUCAAACUCACAGACACUGAGCUCAUCCAGCGGACAAAGAAGAUGUUGGGCAAAUCCUGCUUCUUGCAUCCUUGUCUCCAGUGUCGCAAGUGCAAAGGUUGGUCGUGUGUUGGAGGAGACACGUACCAUGCCGGUGCCAACAUCCCUGUGCUGAGACACGUGGCAUCAGGGAAAGGAAUCAAAUUUAACUGGUGCUGCGAUCGAGGACGUUUGUUUCUAAUCUUUUCCAUCUUGUGCGGCUUCUCGGCCAUCCCCAAGCCUCCACCCGUCAAGAGAGACUUACGGCCCAGGCCGCAAUCAUCGGGCGCGGUCGCACACUCUGGACUGUCCGAAGAAGAAAGGUCUCCAGCACUUGCCAAGGGCACGGGAUACGGCAGCUCGGUUUACGAUCAGUUGGCAAACCGCCCCAACCAAGUCCGGCAAGGCGGCACUGACGACGUUGCCCCGGAACUCAUGGAGCAGUAUUUCCUUGCGCUGUCGUCCCUUUUGCCUUCCCCAACCAAAGUCGCAGCAAGUUCGGCCACAGCCUUUGACUGCCGCUCCCAGCCGCUUAUUUCGCAAAUGAUCCGACGGAGUGCUAUGCUGGACCAUGCCUCCGAACUUCUCCGCUAUGCGGCGAUUGAGGAAAUCAACACCUGGUGCGGCCCCACCACCGCCGUGCUCGACUUCAUGGAGACUAUGGGAAGCCAUUUCGACUUCAUUCCGAUCCUCCUCCGUGAGAGAACGAUCUUUCCACCAGAAGACCAACUCAUCCAAGUCGUCCUUGGGAAGAACGAAACCCAGGGCACUGCUACGAGGACGGUCUACGAAAGCGCACAGUCGCUGGCGGCGAUUGUGGAAGAGUUGGGAGUCCCUUGUCGCAAGUUCCUGGAAGGAAUUCGCCGAUACGCUAAAUUAAUCGAACAACAGCCCAAACAGGAGCGGGAGUCGGUAGCUCUUGCGACCCAGGUAGCAGUGGCACAGCGGAUAAGCGAUCUGGCCGAUUCCGUUGCAUCUCACCGGCUACAAAUGAAGAGUAUGAUGGAUGACCAGCUAACCUGCCCGGCGUCGGAUUCGUUACGGCGCGGUUGGGCGCUCCACACCAGCGAGCACGUGGUAAACGCAAAAGCCACGCACUCGCAGGCACAAGUCGCCACGGCGCCCCAGGAGAGUGCCAUGACGUUUCGCAAAUGGCAUCGCGAGAAUUGCGUCAAGGACCUUCCAGACCAUGUCAUACUCGAGGGUCAUGCCUUUAAGGAGAAAGCAGGGAAGCUGGUGAAAUCAAACCACUCGGUUGGCCGGAUGAGAAAGCUGGUCGGCCAGAUCUCGUCUUUAAGCACGGACCUGCCUGAAGGCAUCUAUGUUCGGCACGGGGAGAGCCGUCUGGACGUGCUGAGAAUAUUAAUCAGUGGACCAGCGGACACGCCGUAUGAGAAUGGACUCUUUGAGUUCGACAUGUUUUGCGACCAAGAGUUCCCAGAAGAGCCCCCUAGAAUGCGCUUCCGAACAACAGGCGGCGGCCAGGCUCACUUCAACCCAAACCUGUACAACAACGGGAAGAUUUGUCUUUCGUUACUCGGAACCUGGACGGGCCAGCCGUGGGAACCCGGUCGUUCGACGAUUCUACAGAUCCUAGUUUCCAUCCAAUCCAUGAUCUUCAACUCUCAGCCGUAUUACAAUGAGCCCGGGUAUGAACAGUACCAGAACGAUGACCGGUCGAAAAAGUAUAAUAGAAACGUCGAACAACUGACUGUCCGAUAUGCUCUCCUCCCCUGGCUGACUCAACGCCUGGCGAACCAACGACGGAGCUCAAAAGCAGAUACCUCAACUGCUUCGGGCCCCUCAUCGACACCGCAGGUUCAAGGACCGGUACCGGCAAAUCUCGACCACGCCAACGUGCCGCCACUCCAGCCCUUAGCCCCCUCCAUCUAUCCGUACCAGGACACCAACGAAGCUGCGCCGUUGUCAGGAGUAGGGCUGCUGCUUCCUCCUCCUCCAGCAAUGAUCGAACAGCAAUCCGAAACUCCUGAAGAGCCCCAUUCUGCACUUUCUGUCAUGACGGGGCUGGCGAUGCUCCCAUGUUGCGCAAGAUUUACCCAGGGAGCUCCAGCCCCUCCAAAACAUGAUGAUCCCGUCUGGGGAGACGUUAUUCGCAAGCACUUCGAGACCAAGUCGAGCUGGAUAAUGGAGAGAGUGAGACAGUGGGAAAAGAUGGCUGAUGAGUACAAGCGCUAUCCCGAAGCAAGGUGCGCCGAUGCUGGGAGGCUCCAAAUUGAGCUCGCGAAACAGCUCAAAGAGCAUGGGUUUCGGACCUAG